ACAGAGGUCUGUCCGAAAUGUAGCAGCGGCCGACGCUAUCGUGCGACAGUCUCAGUCCCCUAACACUGACACGUGGGUUUGGCCGAGGCUUCUAUCAAGCCUCCACGGAUUGAUUCCCUGGAACGAUCGUUGUUACAGAUAGCUACGGGAGCGAUAGUAAGCGGUGACAGCACUCUGUGACACUGUAAAAGAAAGUAAGAAAGUGUGUUUUCAAAUCAUUACUGACAACAUAAAUCACACUUUUAUUGGUAUAAAAAACGUUCACAUUUAAAAAGGCAACAUCAUUGCUUCAGGACGCGUGCAAGUAUAUUAAUUCACAGGACACAGGACUAUAUCUUAUUACAUUUUUCUGGUUCAUAUGCGAGCCUCUGAGGAAGUAAAGGAUUCGCUAUCACGGAGCUGAAGAUCAGGACUUCUCUUCUGAAACUUGUGAUGAUAAUCCAGCAUCAUGCGUGACUGGUGCCUGAUAUGGUUUAUUUGCCUUGCACUGAUUUCCCUAGGUGCUUGUAUUAAGUGUUACAGAUGUGACAACAAAAAGAAUGGGGCGUGCGGAGAGGAGUUUAAGUCCUACCAGUUCACAGCCUACGAGUGUAUUGACCAAAACAUGAAGUGUGGAAAGCAGACCCAGCUCCCUCUGGAAGACGGUUGGGUUGGCGUUAUGCGGAGCUGUUACUCCCUCGGUUCCCUUCCCGGGAUCAACGAGACCAACGGCUGUCACUACUGGAUAAACCCCUCUGACAAUUUCACUGCUCUCAUAUGCUUCUGUGACACUGAUAUGUGCAAUGUCGGCAGUAUGCAGGGCCUGGCGUCAGAAGCAAUUACCUUUACAUUUGUAUUAAGUGCAGUUAUCCUCUUUAUGCAAAGUUUCCUGUGGUCUUGAGAAAAACAUAAAUAUGAAUGGUUGUCCCUUUUCUAAUGUACUAUCUGUCAAUGUUAAUAGUGUUUCAAUCAAUAAAGAAUUGUAUAUGCGAUGUGUAUGUAAAACUUGUUUGGUUCAAACUGAUUAAGUUUUCAACAGCAUUAUACAUCAAAAUGAGUUCAAAUAUCCGCACGUGUCUGGUUUAAAUAUGUUUUUUGUUCAAAAACAAUCAAAGCUUGCUUAUAUCAAUACAGCUCCAGCCAAAAAAACAAUUACAAUCAUGCUAACAAAAUGCAAAUUGGCAAAAUGACAUUCGUGUACGGAGCACCAAACUAAGAAAUAUUAUUGCAAAAAAGCUAAUUUCAACAAGCUUCAAAUAACGUUGUAAGAUACACAAUAUUCAUACAAUAUAGUUGUACAGUAAACUACGGUUAUAACGAACUCAAAGGGACUACUGAUUUUAGUUCGUUAUAACCGUAAUUCGUUAUAAGCAUAUAUACAGCAUAACUACAGCAUAUAGUCGGAACUAAAAAGUUAGUUCGUUAUAUCGUUAUAAGCGUGUUCGUUAUAACCGUAGUUUACUGUAGUUUGCUUUCAACUUCUUGAUGAAAUGUCAUUGAGCUAUUUCGAAUGUCCAAGUUCUUAAGCAUUUAGCUCUGACUUGUAACAUGAACGUUAUUACAUUUUACCUCGUGUGAAUAACGCGACUACAUCAUAUAAUAUGGCAACAAUGAAUAACGUUUAUACGAAACUUAUAUGUGUUUACAUUUAUUGCAUAAAAUUUAUAAGUUGACGUUUGCAUAGUGGUAUGACAAAAUGACAAUGUGUGAGAUUGUAAAUCGUAUAUCAAGCAUCCUAGCCAAUUCCAUAUGCCGUUUUAAUAUCAAACAAUUCGACCAACAUGUACACGUCUUUACACCGCGAAUAAAAAGUAGUACACAAGGUUAAUGAUGAUUUUCCUAGACAUACAUAUACACGUAUACAACUCUAAUAGUUCAAACAUGUUAAUUAAACGAUAAACUUUUAUCUCAAACGUUCUAGGAAUUAACGUCCUAAAACAUCAGGCAGUUCGGUUCAAGAGUAACCAGUCGCAUGGUCCUAAAGCUGUGGUAUAUGCCCAAAAGGGAUAACACAGAUGUUUCAUGGAGAGACCCAUUUCAUCAAUACUUUACAGGUCUGUAUCCACAACGUUCCUCCAUCAUCCGUGAUUACAUUCGGCCCAUUCGCACUGUUGUCGCUAUUUUGAACCAGCGCAUCAAGACAAUGCCUGGUUCUAGCGACAGCUCAAGAUCAAUGAGCAUCCAGAUUACAUCGCGCGGCUAUAGGUGGGGGCAUCUGCGUUUCACGUUGUUUCAGUAUAUAGGCUUUUGAUUGGAGAUUAACGCCGCACUCAGCUAUAUAUUACAGCUACAUGACGGUUGUCUGUAAAAUAUCGGGCUUGGACCAGACAAUCCAGUGACUGACAUCAUGGGCAUCGAUCUACGUUGGGAUACGAUGACAUGCAUCAACUUAGCCAGCGAGCCUGACCACACGAUGGGUUGCUGAUGACCAAUUCUCACCGUGAUCUUCACGGGUCUAGUUUAUAGGCAACUGUAGGGUUCGCAAAAAGUUCAAGCACGCACGUACAGUAGGGUUCAUUUGACUCCAUACGUUAUCAAAGUAGACACAAUUAAUGAAUAACAACUUCUUUAAUACUGUAAAGGAGACGUUUCGGGAUAGAUCCUUUCACCGAUGUCAAGCAAGACUGAAUGACGAACACUGUACAAAAAACUAGUAUAUGUAGUGGGUGGAGGAUUAACAAUGGAGGAUUAACAGCAAGAACAGUUGCAUACAUGAGUGGGAGAAGGAGUAGGUGAUGACAACAGAAGGAUAAUACUAUCACAACAUGAUUGGCAGAGAACACAUAGGUUGUCCAUGAGUUAUUCCAGGAGCUCACGAUAAGAUACACACGUCACUACUACAUCGGAAGACUGUCGUACAUGUAUGUAUUCACGGGUAAUGGAAGAACGUAUUUGAUUUGAAGCCUGUGGCGUAUUGCUGAUGCUAAAUCAACUUGAGCCUACUUUGUAUUGUAUGACUGUGGUGUCCAUUUGUUUGGUUUUUUAAAUAUGUUUUCUUUGUCGUGUUGAAACUCAUCCAUACCUUUUAUGUCUUGGCGCCGUCUGGUUUCAAAUCAGUUAUUUAGGUAUCAUAUUCAUUCAUUCACACGAUCGCAGUUUUUUUUCCACAGAUAUGUUUGUAUGUUGAGUGUGAACACAUAAUGCAUGCCCAGGUGAGGUUUUGUAAAAUGAUUUCCUUUUAUUUCGGUACCGAGCGAUAAUCGGAUGAUGUAUUUUAAUGUGAUUUUAUCAUUUUACCUUUUUCUAGGCGUAUGUCCCUGCUUUGGAGGUGCAAUAUUUAUAUCUACAUUACACAGUGUCACAUAAAACUGUUAUAUACAUAAUGCUACAAUACAUCUCGUGCAAAACGUGUUUUGGGUAGUAGUAUCAAGAUAUAUAUGUGUUAACAGAAUGUCACUAUUAAAACACGUGGCAUCUGCGUGUUCAUAUGUUUCUGUGAUCCCCUCUGUACAGUUGGAGGAUGCCAUUGAAGUGACAUAUAUUUAAAAUAGGUUUGUUUUUUGUUGGUCUUUGAACGUAUUAUGCUAAAGUAGACAUGGCUCAGAUGAGAAACAUGACGUCCUUCAUAAAUUUUAUUUUUCAUUUCAAUGUUUACUGUCCAACUAACUGCACGAUACUUGUGGUUAUUUUAUGUAUUGUCGUUCCCUGGGUGUGUUUGUAAUGUAUAUCGUUACCAAAUACAAGCAAUCCGGUUUUUACAAGAUGAAAAGCUUACAAAAGUAAAUUAUAAUGUUCUUGGCGUUCUGGUCCGCAUAUUUUCCAUUUGAACUUUGUAUUUAUUGUGUAUCUAAGGAAAUGCAAAGUAACAUGAGUCAGUGUUUGGGAGAAUCUUGUAUUUAAUCCAAACAGAGCUAGCUACUCUCAAGUCGCACCACAAGUUCGGGUAUACGGGAUCUAUCAGUGAAACAGAAGUGGCAAUAUUGGCGCGAUUUAAAGAAUAUGUCGUGUUAUUUGUAUGUCUAUCACCAUGUAUGUAUACACUACUUCCGUGAGUGCAUUUGACGUUUUAGUUUCUUAUGUAUAUUUUCUGCCUUAACAUGUUCCCCGUUUGAAAAGAACUGGUCAAGGGAGACUAGCUUUCAUGGAGCCACGGUGCAAAGGACAGUGUAACCAUUUCUGAAAUUAUUUAACCUGCUGUUUCUUAUGACCAUGGAAAGGGUUUUAUAGCUUUUAAGUAACACACACGUGGAUACGUCUCAAUUGGAAUGUUUUAGUAUGUCCAUUGGUAUUAGUAAAUACAUUUGAUCUGAUCAUUUCAAUUUUUACACACAGGUGAUUAUGCUAGCGUUUACUUUAGUGUUAGAAAAGCAUAAAAUCCGCUAUCAAAAUAGUUUGUUUGAUUUCGAAUUUGACAAUGGUACCGGAAAGAGAAGACACUAAAUCUUCUUGAAUAAUUCUAAGUGACGAAACCUCUGCUUUGGAUCACGUACGAGAUUCUCACACAUGUGUUUCAUGGUAAAUGAUUUAUAUCGAUGUAUAUAUUCAUGGACACUGUUUCAUAGUAACCCCAGCUCAUUUGUACUUAUAGGACGUGACAAUGAACUUUUGUAUGCAUUGUGGUCCAACAUAAGAAGCCCUGGUUUUGUGAGAUGUCGCCAUUUGUAAAUAAAGUAAUAACCAUUAUGUUGUUUUCCUUGUUGU